AUGCAAGGCUUUGUCCGUGGGAGAACAGGCAGUCCUUCCAAUGCCCAACCUCAAGGCAAGCCCGACCGACAAGCCAAUGCUGCAAGCGCGAGGGUACCCGCAAAGAAUGGACAUCAUCGUCUGCAAUCUCAAGCUCCCUCUGAAACUAUGGCGCGCGGAUACACCAAUGCUAAAAACAGCUCAGCUGUGUUGCAACAACCUCCCCGACAUCGCCAGUCAGGUUUGGGUCCAGGUCAGAAGCGUGAUCCCUACGACACUGACGCAGAGAGUAUCGACACCACAGUAAACCAGUCUGUUGUACAGGUCGAAGAUAGCCAGAAGAGAGAGCAACACCACCAACAGCAAGGUCAAGUUGAGGAUUAUGAGGAGAGCUCGGAAGUGGAAGAUGAAGACGAAGCAGAUGAAUACGGAGACGGAGUAGAUGAGCUGGAAGCCCAGUAUUACUAUCAAGGCUAUGAAUUGACAAAAGAAGAUGAAGAUUAUCUUCACCAGGUCAAUCUUGGCCACCUCUCCAACGCUGACAAGAUUUCGUUUCUGCGAAACGCGGACAACGGAGGACUCCCAACCAUUGAAGGCGACUCAUAUCCGAGCACCACUAAUGGUGAGCUUUCAGAGUGGGGAGGUAGACAAGAAGCAGCUCCCAAUUUCCAUAACGGUGGUGGUCCUACGUCUCAACGCCAGAGCGUUAAUAAUCAAGCUGUACGCAUGGCGGCCUCACAGCCUCCGCCGCAACAGCAAGGCCGAAAUGUUCCAAUUGUCAGCCAAGACAUGCAUACUUCGUCACAAAUGUUCCAGCACGGUGCACACCUUCGCGAGCAGUCGCGCGCAACCGCACACGUUUCGCAACAUAGAGCCCAAAGCAUCCAGCAAUCUAUUCCGGCCCUGCCCGUCAAUCAGCACCAAAAUCAUAGUCGAAAGGUACCCUAUGUCACUGCUCAACCACCGACCUACUCAAAUUCUUAUCCUAUUCCACAUGCUCAGCCCGGUACCUCUCAGCAAAAACCCACCCGGCAGGCCCCGGAUCCUCGAACGCAAAUCCCGGUCAACCAGAACAUCAUGUCCACCAAACCACCUGCGCCAACUAGACCUCCGCCUUCAUUACCUGCUAUCCGAGAGCCUGUCGUGCAGGAGCAAAUGACUGAGCAGGCUCCGGUUGAAGAGAUUGAGGCUGCCCCACUUGAAGACUACGAUUCGGAGACGCUACUAAAGAAGAAAUACGAAGAGCUCAAGAACGAACCCUUUGAUGUUAAUCCUCGUGCGCCACCGCCGAUGCUCGUUGAGGACGCACUCCAAAAACCGCUCGUUGAACGUCUGCCUCUUGUACAGAAGAACCUUGAUGAAGGUCAGCAAACUCAAUUCUUCCGCUCUCUACCUACUACCGAGUGGGAGGAUGCUGGAGACUGGUUCCUCGAUCAAUUCCAGGAUAUUUUACAGCGCACAAAGCAGGCAAGGCAAAAGAAGCGUAAGCUAGCGCAAGAGUUUGAGGCAGAAGUUGAGAAGCGCUACGAGCAUGUUUCAAAGAAGCAGCACCAAGUUCAAGAGGCUAUGGACAAGAUGAAGGAGCAGGGUGAAGGUCUGAUGCCUAGGAGCCCGAGACCUUCCAAGAGCCCUAGGUCUAGGAGAGGUUGA